GCGAGGCGGGCCCGCGGGCGUCCGUCCGCGCGUCCGUCAUGGAGGGCAUGGACGUGGACCUGGACCCCGAGCUGAUGCAGAAGUUCAGCUGCCUCGGCACCACCGACAAGGACGUGCUCAUCUCCGAGUUCCAGCGGCUGCUGGGCUUCCAGCUCAACCCGGCCGGCUGCGCCUUCUUCCUGGACAUGACCAACUGGAACCUUCAAGCAGCUAUUGGCGCCUAUUACGACUUUGAGAGCCCCAACAUCAGUGUGCCCUCGAUGUCCUUUGUUGAAGACGUCACCAUAGGGGAAGGGGAGUCCAUUCCUCCUGACACUCAGUUCAUAAAGACAUGGCGGAUCCAGAACUCUGGGGCAGAGGCAUGGCCUCCAGGGGUUUGUCUUAAAUAUGUCGGGGGAGACCAGUUUGGACAUGUGAACAUGGUGAUGGUGAGAUCGCUAGAGCCCCAGGAGAUUGCGGAUGUCAGCGUCCAGAUGUGCAGCCCCAGCAGAGCAGGAAUGUAUCAGGGACAGUGGCGGAUGUGCACUGCUACGGGACUCUACUAUGGAGAUGUCAUCUGGGUGAUCCUCAGUGUGGAGGUGGGUGGACUGUUAGGAGUAACGCAGCAGCUGUCAUCCUUUGAAACGGAGUUCAACACACAGCCACAUCGCAAGGUAGAAGGAAACUUCAACCCGUUUGCCUCUCCCCAAAAGAACCGACAAUCAGAUGAAAACAACUUAAAAGACCCUGGGGGUUCCGGGUUCGACUCGAUCAGCAAAAACACAUGGGCUCCUGCUCCUGACCAAACCGAGCAAGAUGAGAAUAGACUCUCACAGAACUCUGUAAAUCUGUCCCCCAGCAGUCACGCAAACAACUUAUCAGUAGUGACUUACAGUAAGGGGCUCCAUGGGCCUUACCCCUUCGGCCAGUCUUAAACCAGUGUCAGCAAGAAGAAAACUUCACAAAAGACAGAAGGCCUGACUUUGGGGGUGCGGUGGGGAGGAAGGCAAGGGGUUCCUGUGCAUCGCAGACCAUCUGGCCCAGACCCCUGGCUCCAACCCCCUCACCCCAUCCCGGAAGAAGAGGAAGAAGACCAGACUAGUUUUGAGUAAACGCAGUGUGCAUGUGUGAGUGCUGAAUCGCAGGAAUGGUGUUGAGGCUCCCAAGAAGAGAUCCAUGCAGCCACCUUGGGUUCUGCUUAUUAGAUGCCAGUACGACCAGUCCUUAGGUCACUCGGGAAGGGGAGAACAGCGCAACAGUCGCAGCAGGGGGGAAAUAAGCCAUCUUUUUCAACAAAAUUUAUUUUUUUUGCCUACAGACAGGUUGUAGUCUGGAGCACAUGUUAAUUUUCCCCUUCUGCCCAACUCUCACGUUUAUAGCUAAGGGAUAGCAAACCCUUUAGACACUAGCAGUUUGCUCUGAGUGUGCUUCUUGGGAGGCGCCUGUGUGGGGUGUUGGGGGCAGGGAGCCCUGCGGGUCAGUGCCGCUGGUGGGUGGGCAGACACGUGUGGCUCCAGAUGCCUUUGACCUCGUUUGUUUUGAACGGCAUCAGCCAAUAUGGCGCCCCCUUUUCUUCCUCUCCCCCUCUGAUCUGUUGAUUUACACCCUUGACAUUUGUAUCCAUCACCCCUGUGGCUUGUUACCCUCCAAAACCUCUCUGAAGACCAAACUGCGCUGCACGGCCACAAGAGGAGGCCGUGAGCACAGAGCAUGGCUCCUGUUUGUUCCCCUUCCAGGCCCGCUCAUGCCCCUCCGGGUCCACAAUCUGCGAAUCCCCAAUCCCCGCUGGUGUUGAGUGUGGCCUCUUUGGUGGCCCUACAGCGCCCUGCUUCACCCCCCUUCACUUGUCCUUCGUGGUGUUUUCACGGCCUGUUCGCAAAGGUGGAACUAUGAAGGGAUGAGAUUACUGCCCCAGAUGGAGGGUGGGGAGGGUUGCAAUGGGGCUGAGUCAUGGCCAUCGGCACCCCAACC